GUUGUGCUGUUGCAGUAUACUCAAAAUGAAAAACAAUGUGAAAGUAUGUCCUCUGCCUUUCCUACGUCUUCAUUAGGUUUCAGGCAACGUCCGUGCGACGCCUCGAGGUUCGAUCGAGGACAAAUCGAGGAUGGCACUGCCGUAACGGCGGGAUCACCAGGUUGUACACUGGCAGGUUAUCUUCGGCGCACUUAUCGGCCUGGGUACCACAUGCCUCUGAUCCCACGAACGGAUGGUAUAUAUACCAUCGGUGCGGACGCAGUCAAUGUCCACACGGGUAUUUCGCUCGAGCUCGACCGGUGCACAGGUCUAGGAUGGCUCGCCUUGCGCUCGCUGCGGCCGUCGCUCUGGCAGGCAGCGCGCUCGCGGAUACAUGGUGUGGCAAGAACUAUGAACAGGGGACGCCCGUCGUCCCACCAGGCGGCCAGUUCCCGGUCCCUGCGACGUCCUCCUCGCCGCUGCUCGCGUUUCGCUGCGCCCCCGCAAUCAAGCCGUACGUCGCAUCCGACGCUAGCAGCCCCGCCGGCAUCCUCAUCGACACGUUCAUCACGAAUUUCGAGAUCGCAGGCGCGUCUGCGAUCAACCUGCCUUCGAACGGCCCCUUGGGCGAUGUGAUUAUCUCCGUGGAAGUCAAUGGACGUGUCGUGACCGGCGGCGCGGUCCCUCUGAACUCCAGCAAGGUCGAGCUGCCGUUCAGUCUCGCGGGGCUGACGCCGCAGAAGAGCGCGUACGACGUGAGCUGUAGGGCGACGUACGCGGGCGCGGGGGCCGUGCAGACGUUCGCGGCCUCUGGGAAUUUGAGUUACCUGCCGGAUCCGACAGACGGCGGGAGCGUGGUGAAGAUGGAUGCGAAGACGGGUGCGCUGCUCGCGAAGCCGACGAAUGACCAGGAGGGAGAGUACGAGACGGUGUUUCCGGUCGGGUUCUAUACAGCGUUUGGGGACUAUUUAGCGACGAAUCUGAGCACGAUUGAUGAGGCGAAGGCGAUGGGCAUCUCCAUUAUCCACCCUAUCCCAUCAUACGACAAUCUCACGCAGCUGCAAGAGGUAAUCACGCGAAUGGAGGAGGUCGGGAUGUACCUCAUGUAUGACAUGCGCUGGACCUACCAGAACGACACCUCUGUGGCGGAGCAGGUGAACAUGGUCAAGAACUCGCCUGCGCUCCUGCUCUGGUACACUGGCGACGAGCCUGAUGGCACGUCUGACCCACUGAACGCGACAGCGCAUGCGUAUGACUUGAUCUACGAGUUAGAUGGGUAUCAUCCGGUCUCGCUGUGCUUGAACUGCUUCGACUAUUACUGGACGGAGUAUACUUCGGGUACGGAUAUCGUCAUGCAGGAUACGUACAUGAUCUCGAACAACGUUACGUGGAGUGUCGAAUGGGACACAACCUGCAAUACGACGUAUGGCGAUUGUGGGUGCGAUGAUUGCCUUGGCAAUUUCGAGGAUAUCAGCACGCGCAUGGACACCUUUGCGUAUCGGCUUUGGGCAACAGGUUGGGACACGACGAAGAGCGUAUGGACGGUGCCACAGGGUUUCGGAGGGGGCGAGUACUGGCCACGACCGCCCACAGGUCCCGAAUUCGUCGUUCAGAGCGUGCUCGCGAUAAACCACGGCGGCAUGGGUGUGGUCUCAUGGGACGCGCCGACAACUGAUGACAUCUGGGACUAUGCCUCGAUACUCGCCCAGGCCUCACCCACACUCAAGGAGUACAUCGCGAAUGAUGCCGCGACCUUCGCGCACUACUUUUAUGACCAGAUUGACGUCGGCGCGUGGACGGUGGGCGGCAAGACACUCGUGCUCGCAACAAAUCUCAACUACGCAGAGGUGACGUUCAGUUUGGGCGGAGUACCUGGAUUGGCGGGUAGGCCAGUGACGCAGGUCUUGGACAGUGGAGCAGGCGUCAGUGGGAAUACUCUUACGUUCACGAGCGUGGGUAGUGGAGGAUGGAUCGUCGGAUGACGGUUUGUGGUUGAUAGUACCGCUACACACAUGCAGGAGGUCACUGAGAAACACUGACAAUAAGUGUAACUUGUGCAGAGGGCUUCGGAAUGGAAAUUCACAGAGC